CACACACACACACACACACACACACACACACACACACGUGGCGAUUGACUCCUGAUUUCACGUCUGCAGGAAAAAAAAACGGAAGAAGGAAGAACAGAUCGUCGUCCUCCUGCAGGGAGCUGAGCCUUCAUCAUCACCUUCAUCAUCACCUUCAUCAGUGUUUCUGCUGAGUCAUGGCGGGAGCUCUCAGGAUGACUGAAGCUCAGUUCAUCAACGUCUACGACAACGACCUGCAGAUGAAUUUGAUGCCGUACGACUACAUUCCUCCAGUGGACAUAAAGACUGAGCCCUACAUACCUGAGACAGCUCAUGGUCCUUACAUUCAAAUCAUCGAGGAGCCCAAACAGAGGGGCUUUCGUUUCCGUUAUGAGUGUGAGGGUCCGUCCCACGGGGGGCUCCCAGGGGCCUCCAGCGAGAAGAACCGGAGAACAUACCCGACCGUGAAGAUCAAUAACUACGUGGGACACGCCCGGGUGGAGGUCCAGCUGGUAUCCCACACGGAUCCUCCUCGUGUUCACGCUCAUAGUCUGGUGGGACGUCACUGCACCGAGAACGGAACCUGCACGCUCGACAUCGGGCCGAACGACCUCACCGCCUCAUUCAGUAACCUGGGGAUCCUCCAUGUGACCAAGAAAGGUGUGGUGGAGGUUCUGGGCCGGAGGCUGAGGGAUGAGAGGAAGAGACAGAAAGCAGCUCACUGUCACCUCACAGAUUCAGAAGAAAGCGGCAUCCUGAAGGAGGCCAAGGAGCUGGGGAAGGUGAUGGACCUGAACAUCGUCAGGUUAAAGUUCACCGCCUACCUCCAGGACAGCAACGGAGGGUACACCAGAGGGCUGAAACCCGUCGUCUCCAACCCCAUCUACGACAGCAAGUCACCAAACGCCUCCAACCUGAAAAUCUCUCGGAUGGAUAAGACGUGCGGUACGGUGCUCGGAGGAGACGAGAUCUUCCUGCUGUGCGACAAAGUCCAGAAAGAUGACAUUGAGAUCCGUUUUUACGAGGAGGAUGACGAAGGAGGCUGGGAGGCGUUCGGUGACUUCUCACCUACCGACGUUCACAAACAGUACGCCAUCGUGUUCAAAACGCCGCCCUAUCACAGCGCAGACAUCAAGAGGCCCGUCACCGUCUUCCUGCAGCUGAAGAGGAAAAAGGCCGGCGACAGCAGUGACCCCAAACAGUUCACCUACAUACCGCAGGUCCAAGACAAAGAGGAGGUGCUGAGGAAGAAGCAGAAGCCACUGCCUCACUAUGAAUCCUGGCGAGGAGGAGGAAGAGGUGGAGGAGCUGGUGGAUUUGGAGGAGGAGCUGGAGGAGGAGGAUUCCAGUUCAACCAGCAGAUGAAUGGAGGAGGAGGAGGAGGAGGAGUUUUCUUCACUGAAGGCUUCACAGGCUUCAGUGGAGCAGGAGGGGCUCAGAUGUCAGGCUCCAACCCUCAGACAGGGGUUCCCCAGCAACAGACAGACGGACAGACGGGAGGGCCAACUGGCUCGCCAGUACAACAGCAGCUGUUUCAGCUCGCCGCCGCCCUCCACAGCAGAGCCUCUCAGAGCGCCAGACAGACGGCUGCUGCCCUGUUGCAGUACUGCAGCACCGGGGACGCUCGGGUCCUUCUGGCAAUCCAGAGACACCUCUGUGGCGUCCAGGACGGCAACGGAGACACUCCUUUGCACCUGGCCAUCAUUCACCAGCAGACAGGUGUGAUCCAGCAACUGAUUCACACGCUGCUCAGCAGCCAGCAGCAAAAUAUCCUCAACACAGCAAACCACCUCCGACAGACUCCUCUCCACCUGGCGGUGAUCACCCGGCAGGUGAAGGUGGUGGAGGUGCUGCUGAGGGCGGGGACCGACCCCAGCCUGCUGGACAAAGACGGUCGCAGUCCCAUCCACCUGGCGGCGCUGGCCGGAGACACCGCCACGCUCCGCCCCCUGUUGGCUCACCUGGGAGAACGCCACGCCCACCUGGUCAACACCCCCGACUACCACGGUCUCCAUCCUCUCCACCUGUCCGUGAGGAGGGACGGCGAGCGCUGCCUCCGCCUCCUGGUGGGGGGCGGAGCCAAAAUCAAUGCACCUGAGCAGAAGAGUGGAAACACUGCCCUCCACCUGGCCGUGAGGGAAAACCUGUUCAAGGUGGCCUGCACUCUCAUCACAGAGUUGAAGGCGGACGUUAACGCGAGCACGUUUGGGGGAAACACACCUCUCCACCUGGCUGCCAGUCUGGGCUCACCGACUCUCUGCUCGAUGCUCGUGGCUGCAGGCGCUGAUAAAAACGUGGAGAACGACGAGCCGCUCUUCUUCAGCUCCUCUUCAGAUGAAGAGCUGGACGAAGACGAACCAAUCAGAGAGCGGGAGGCCUGCUCUCAGCCAAUCAACCCCCGCAAGAGACCGGCAGGAGGACACACCCCUCUGGACCUGGCCAAGUGCCAAAAGGUGAGGAACCUGUUGAACUGUGGACAGAGUCAGAGGUCGAGUCUUCACAGCAGUAAGAAGAUGAAGCCGAGCAGCAGUGAAGAGGUUGAACCGUCGGGGAUGGACGAGGACACGCUGUCCCGGCUAGUGGAGCUGCUGAGUGUCGGAGACGUUCCAUGGAGGAAACUAGCAGAGAAGCUGGGGAUGAUGACGCUGACUCACCUUUACCUGGACAGUCCCACGCCCUGUCACCAGCUGCUGCAGCACUACCAGCUGGGUGGAGGUCCAGUAGAAGGUCUGGUUGAAGCUCUUCAGUCUCUCGGUCUGACAGAAGGAGUCCGACUGCUGAGGACCAGCGAGCUACGAGACGACAAACUCAGCACAGAUGCCACGGUCGACAGCGGCUUCGGAAGCCAGCCAAUAGAAGAAGAGGAGGAGCCGCCUGUGGCCAAUCAGUGACGAGCUGGAAGUAAAAUCCGGCACGGUCAUCUCAUCCUGCGGUGGACCGGGACUCUGUUGGGAACCGGGACUCUGCAGGACUGGACUCUAAUGUUGGUCCACACGGACUCAGAUUCACAGAACCAGAAAUAUUUUACCAUAAAAAUGCCUUUUACGGUAAAAUAAAUAUAUUUAGAGUUCAUGUUUUUAGUUGUUUUGUUUAUGUUUCAUAUUAACUUAUAUUUUGUUUUUCUUGUCGUUAGAGUUUAUUUCUGUGGUUCUGAUCAGCUGUGGAACAUUUGAUCUGAAUUAUUAUUGUUUACGAGUCGUGUCACCUCGAGCUUCUUCAUAGGAAAGUUGUGGGAUUUCCAAUUUUACGUCUGAACUGGAACGCAGCAUGUCAGUUUAUGAAAUACUUUCAUCUGAUGAAGAACAAAUGUUUUAAAUGUUAUGAAAGACAAACAAAACUGGUGUCGUGUUCAUAUCGAGACAAAUAAAUGAUUUAAGAGCU